AUGGAGAUGUUGGAGCAGGCAGAAGCCGUGCCGGUGCUCAGCACGGAGGAAGAAGUACAGCGGAUAACAAAGAAACGGUCAUUGGAAGACGUUGAGCAGGGAGACGCGAUGCCCAACGGGUCACCCCAAUCUCAUCGGGCCUCAUCGCAUGAGCCCGAAGCAAAGAGGGCGAGAACAGAGCAAAUCCAACAAUCGCCCGCGCAAGCUUUGACAAAACACUCGGAAAGCGUCGAUGAGGGCGAGUUGGAGGAAGACGGAGAGGUGCCACCUUCCGAACCCGAAUCCGAAAAUCAGGCGAUCGUCGCCGAACAGAGCGACGGGAGUGUUGGAUCUCGCACGCGUUCAAAGGCGUCGGCUUCUGGUGGAGAGUCUGAUGUGGGCAGCAAUCGGACGACCCGGUCAAUGUCGGCGGCGGCAAGUGGCCCAUCUCACGUUGGAUGGAAUCAAGGGAUAACAUCCCAGAUCCGGACAUCUCUUGGAGGGCCCAAAACCAAGGCAGCACCGGCGCCGGCCAAGGCGUCAAUAACCGAAGAGGAAGCCGCGCCUGCUCUCAUCUCUCAAGAAGUGCCUGCACCCACCGAAGCUGCUGAGCCAGCCCAACCAGCCCAACUAGGGCCAAAGGAAGGCAAACUCUCGCGGCAGCAGCGAAGAGCCGAAGCUGCCACAAUAGAAAAAGAAAAGGCCCAAGAGCUCCAGAAGAGUCCUUUCGUCUACGCUCCAGGUCUGACGUUCCUUCAACCCAACAAAAAGACGCUCCUAGCACCAAAGGGAAAUAAUCUAGGCAGAGGAGUUUGGAAGGCCAAAUUCAAGAGUUGGUGCCAGUCCUUUGUCAGCCGCAACAACGACCAGGCGCAUUUGCUCACACCCGACAUUGUCGUCGCUGCUCUGCAGGACUACAUCGCGGUUCGAGCACACUGGAUAAAGAAGAAGCAUUCUGGAGCUGCGGCAACUGAGGCUCGUAAGCCCGAAACAAAGAACGACAUUGCCGUCAACCUAGCGGCAAUUCUGAAGAACGACAGCUUCCUGCCAGGAUCAGAACAGUCGCCGUUGAUUAUCCACGAUAACGACGACGUGGUCGACGACGACGUCCAAGAAGUACGACCUCCGUCUGGUGGCGCUGCUAUGGCCAGACGGCCUUCACAAACCGAAAACAUUGCUAACGAUCAGCAUUCGGCCACAACACAACCUCAGAACGACGUGGCGGACGAGGACGGCGAGAUGGAGGCAGGGCAAAGUGAACCAGGACCGGCGCUCAUGACCGAGGAAGAAGAUCUGGCGCAGCAGCGCAAGUACUUUCCUGGCCUAGCAGAUUCUGUGCAGAUCUGCGUGUACUGCGCAUCUCUCGGACACACAUCGAUGGCUUGCCCAAAGACUCGCUGCAAGUUCUGCGAACAUCUCCAUCACUUUUCAUGGAACUGUCCUACGCGCGAAAGAUGUACCAAGUGUCGCCAGCUUGGCCACGGCAAAGCCCAAUGCAAGGAAAAGCUCAUUCAUUUGGACGAAGAGGGUAUGGAAUGUGCCACGUGUGGCUCUCAGGAACAUCAGGAGGCCGAUUGCGAGAGAAUCUGGCGGUCAUACAAGCCCCCAACGAAUAUCAAGAAGGUCAAGCCAUUCCCUGCCUUCUGCGCCUUCUGCGGCACAGAGAGCCACUACUCUUCCGACUGCCAUCUUAAUCGCGACAGACCUAAAAGCGAAACGUGGACGCUCAAGAACAGACACCUCUAUGUCGACAAGAACGCAACCGAUGGCCCGAUCAGCGACUUCGCUAGUCAGCCUCAGAACCCCAAGUUCGCCCCUCUCCAGAUCAAGGGCUCUGCAGCUAAGCGAAACCACAUCUUCUAUCCCGAUAGCGACGGUUCGGAGGAGGGCGAGUUUAUCGGUCAGAAGGUGAAGCCGCGUGCACCACUCGGCAACAUCCAGAUGUCGACCAACCUCCAGAUCAACACUGGCAACUUUGGACCACCACCGCAGACUCGUUCAAACGGGCGUGGUCAGCAGCGGAAUGGGUGGUCAGCGCAGCCUCCCCUGCCUCCUGGACCUCCACCUCCAGGCCCGCCACCGCAGGGCUCAUACUCGCGAAUGUCAAGAAGCUACAACAACCAGUCGCGCCAGCCUGCGAACGGUUUGCCUCCCAAGCCCCCAGCGCCGCAGUCGCAACAACACGGCCACAGUAGCGCGGGCCCACCAUCGAACGGGCGAGGACCGAAUCCGCCGAAGAAACAGAGGACGAGGAACCAGUCCGGAAACUCCAAUGCGGGAGCUGCGCAGCAGCAGAACGGUGGGGUUCCGGCAUCACGCCGCAGGGGCAAGAACAGACGCGGUGGGAAGCAAGGAUGA